AUGGCAGAGGGCAGCAACUCUAUCAACGUGGCUCAGAAUCAGCAAGAGCCAAGGACAUACCAUGUUCAACGGCCAUUGUCCCUUGUACACAUUGACACUAAUCACAAGCUUAUCAGAUACAACAUUGUCAUAUUUGGAGCAAUCGACGGGUUCUCCAGAAAGAUCAUGUAUUUAGAGCCAGCCACAAACAACCGAUCAAGCACUGCUCUGUUGUUUUUUCAGCAGGCAGUGGAAAAAUUUGAUUGGCCCUCCAGGGUUCGAGGUGAUGAAGGUGUGGAAAAUGUGGCCGUAGCUGAAACAAUGUUCCGUGUGAAAGGGACUGGAAGAGGGAGCUUCAUAGCCGGAAAAAGCGUUCACAAUCAACGAAUUGAACGUCUUUGGCGAGAUGUUUGGACCAGUGUAACGCAACUGUACUACGAUGUACUACACACUCUUGAGGAGGAUGGCUUUCUUGAUCUGUCGGAUUCCCUGCAUUUGUUUUGUGCCCUUUACGUGUUUCUGCUUAGACUGGCCAACUCACUUCAUACCUUCACAGAAGCGUGGGACAAUCAUCCUUUGAAGUCUGAAGGAGGAUUGAGCCCCAACCAAUUGUGGGUUAUGGGUCACAUGCAGUCCACUGACCAAAAUGAAGAGGAUUUGCAGGACAUUGAAAUGUUUGGAACUGACUGGAAAACAUUUGACGGUGUCACAGAUUGA